AUGUCAAGCCAACCACUCCUCCAAACGGCCCCAGGCAAGCGCAUUGCCCUCCCAACCCGCGUCGAGCCCAAAGUCUUCUUCGCAAACGAGCGAACCUUCCUCUCAUGGCUCAACUUCACCGUCAUCCUCGGCGGCCUGGCAGUGGGUCUCCUCAACUUCGGUGACCGCAUCGGACGUAUUUCCGCCGGUCUGUUCACCAUCAUCGCCAUGGCCGCCAUGAUAUAUGCCCUGGUUACGUUCCACUGGCGCGCGCAGAGUAUUCGGAAAAGGGGACAGAGCGGGAUUGACGACCGGUUCGGGCCGACGAUCCUGGCCAUCUCGUUGCUUGCUGCUGUUAUUGUCAACUUUAUCCUUCGCAUGCAGGAGUAA